AUGGCGCUCUUCCCACGACUUUCCUCUUCCUUCGGACCCUCUCGCCAUGAGCUAGGUCCUUUCUUUAACCUCUUUAACGACACCUUUUCUGAACUCCAGAAGCUGUCCGAAACGGCAUCACGCACCUUUGCUCCCAGGUUCGACGUCAAAGAAGCACAAGACAGAUACAUUCUUGAGGGCGAAUUGCCAGGAAUCGACCAGAAGAACGUCACCAUUGAGUUUGCAGACGAACAGACCCUCACCAUCAAGGGUCGUACCGAACGGUACAAAGAAGAAGGCCAGAGACCAACUGAAGCCACGGAGGUUAGGGAAGGUGAAGGCCAUGUCGAGUCGUCCAGCAAAGAAGUGACCACCACGGGCCCCAAGGAAGUCGGCAAGCACGAGCCUCAACACACUUACUGGGUCUCGGAACGCAGCGUGGGUGAAUUCGCUCGGAGCUUCUCCUUCCCCAAUCCCGUUGAUCAAGAACAUGUCAAGGCAAGCUUAAAGAAUGGUAUCUUGAGCGUCAUCGUGCCAAAGUUAGAAAGGGCCAAAUCAUCCAAGAGAAUCCAGAUCAGCUCUGAGUAA